GACUGGUAGAAUUGUCUCAUUUCGCCAUGCGGCGACGAGGGGUUGCGCUGUUGCUGGCGGUGGCCUGGUCAGGCCUUGACUUUGCACAACCCCGCGCUCUGCCCGUCCUGGUGCCGGUGGCCCGAGGCAGCGACGCAGUGACCGUGACAUGCCUCACGGACGUCCUUACGCGCGCAGGCGCCAACGUGACGCUGGCCUCUGCGGAGAAGACUUUGCGGCUGAAUCUCGGGGGGCUGACGGUGGUCGCAGACACAAGCCUUGCGAAUUGCGAGGGCGUGGACUGGGCGGCCAUCGCCUGCCCCGGCGGCGAACAGGGCGCUGAGCGCUUGGCAGACAGCCGCCCGCUGCUGGAACUGCUGCGGCGGCAGCGGAAGCAGCUGCGCGUACUAGCGGCGGUAGGGGAGAGCCCCGCAGAGCUGCUGGCAGAGCACCAGCUCCUGGAGUUCGACGAGAAGGCCACCUGCCUCCCCAACCCCAGGCUGAAGAAGGUCAUCGGCGCGGCGUGCGCCGGUUGGUGGGACGCCGCUGUGGUGGUGGACCGCAAAGUGGUAACCAGCCAAGGGCCCGGGACAGCGCUGGCCUGCGCGCUCAAGAUCGUGGAGCUGCUCUACGGGGCGCCGAAGGCCAAAGAGCUGUCUUCCCAGCUGCUGUCGACGUGAAUUCGGC